AUGUGGCUCGACCGCUUCUCAGGGCAUUCUGGUGCUGGCAAUCCUGCUCCCUUCCAGCGACAAGCUUCGCCCAUCCCGCGACAGUCCCAGCACAAUGCGGGUAACCCGCCCUCUCGCCCCCCAUUUAACAAGCGCUCGUCAUCACUAUCUCUUGCUUCAGUCGCAAAUGCUUCCACAAGCUCUUUAGCAGGCUCACUACGCCCGGGAAAUGCCCCUCUAGGGAAAUCAACACCGGCCGCCACGCCUGGUACUGACCCCGUCGAAGUUCUACAGGGCAUAAUUGGAAACAAAGGCCAGCUAGAUGAAGAGCCGUGCAGCUUUAGCUCAGAUACCUUUACUGUUGCAAAACCAGAGCAAUUAGUAAAGGCUAUUGACUUCAGAGAUCGGAGCCUAGAACAAUUUGCAUACCAGAAUAAUGAGCUGAUGGAGUUUCCUAAUGACUCUGUGGUAUCCCAGUCUGCUGAUCAAUAUGAGAAGGAAAAACAACGCUUCCAAGAACUCCACGGUUCAAUUGCAGGCUGCGACGAUGUUUUGAAAUCCGUAGAGGCGUACCUCUUAAAAUUUCAGGCUGAACUGAGUGCCGUUUCCGCAGAAAUCGAAACACUUCAAUCGCGUUCAACGCACUUAGGUUCUCAACUUGAAAACCGGAAAAAUGUCGAACAGCUUCUGGGUCCAGCUGUUGAAGGCAUCGCCAUAUCUCCUCGAACAGUCCGGAUGAUAUCGGAGGGGCCUAUAAAUUCGGAUUGGAUUCAGGCACUAAACGAACUCGAAUGCCAUUCCGCCAGCGUUGAAGCUGAUUCUGUUAAAAAUGUUAAAGCCGUGGAAGAUGUGAAACCCCUACUUUUGGACUUGAAAAAUAAGGCUGUGGAAAGAAUUCGCGAUUAUCUAGUCGCCCAAAUUAGGGCCAUACGAUCCCCCAAUAUAAAUGCGCAAAUACUUCAACAGCAGUCUCUAGCCAGGUACAAGGAAAUCUAUAGUUUCCUCUCUCGGCACCAACCACAGUUAGCAGAGGAAAUUCUGCUGGCGUAUGUCAAUACCAUGAAAUGGUAUAACCUUUCGAACUUUACUCGUUAUAAUCAGGCUCUUGAUAAGCUGAAAAUCCAUUUCAUGGAUCGCAACGAUCUCUUAGGUGGCGAAACUGCCUCUCAAAAAAGCUCACACCCUUUCCCUAGCGUUCGUAAUCUCCAUUCAUCACACGACCCUUUUACUCUUGGGCGUCGAAUAGAUAUCCUGAAAUCGAGCAGCCCGAUGGCCUUAUCUUCAUAUCUUGCAGAAGAAGAUAAGUCCUAUCAUGGAGUUGAAGUUCCUUUUAGAAAUUUUAAUCUCGCUUUGAUCGACAAUAUAUCUGCGGAGUUUUCCUUCAUGACAGAAACGUUCGCGGCUAAGUCGGUACAGCAGGCAUCACGAAGAGUAGUGGCAAUAUUCGAACCUAUUUUCAAUUUAGGCCACAAUCUAACAAAGCAGUUAAUCGAAAAUACAGCAGACUGCCUUGGGAUUCUUCUGUGUGUACGGCUGAAUCAACAGUUUGCUUUCGAGCUACAACGACGUAAAGUUCCUGUUGCCGAUUCAUAUAUUAAUGGCAUCAACAUGCUCCUCUGGCCUAGAUUCCAGAUUGUUAUGGACAUGCAUCAUGAAUCUCUUAAAAGAGUGGCAUCGUCUAGUCGAGGGAACAUCUCAGCGUUAUCACUCACCGGUGGCGACAAGCAGUCACUAGCUCCACAUUUUCUAACGCAGCGGUUUGGGCAAUUUCUCCAUAGUAUACUUCAGCUAAGCAGCGAGGCUGGAGAUAACGAGCCGAUUUCUAACAGCCUGGGCCGGUUGACCACGGAAUUUGAAGCACUUUUGACCAAGCUUAGCAAAGCCUGUGGCGAAGCGAAGAGAAAGGAGCGCUUCCUAUUCAAUAAUUAUUCAUUACUCCUUACCAUAAUCAGUGACACUGAAGGGAAACUUGCUGAAGAGCAACAGACUAUCGUGGGUGCCGGUGUUGUAGGACUGGCGGUGGCCCGGCAGCUGGCGCGCAGAGAACGCACCUCAACACUUCUAAUUGAGCGCCAUGGUGUAGUCGGAACAGAAACGAGUAGUCGAAAUUCAGAAGUUAUCCAUGCAGGUCUUUACUACGGCCAUGAUACUCUGAAGACUACCCUGUGUAUUAAGGGUCGAGAACUUCUUUAUUCACUCUGCCGGAAGCAUGAUAUUCCACAUCGCAACACUGGAAAGUGGAUUGUUGCCCAGGAUGAUGGGCAAUGGGCGGAAUGCCAAAAGGUCCAUUCGCAUGCGCAAAGCAUUGGCGUGCCAACGCACUUCGUUGGGCGUCAGGAGGCGCAGAGACGAGAACCUGAUGUGCGGGCGCAAGCAGGGAUCCUAGAAUCACCAACAACAGGCAUAGUGGAUAGCCACGCGCUGAUGACGUUUUUACAUGGUGAUUUUGAAGAUAGGGGUGGUGACUGUGUCUUAAAAACUGAGGUGAUUGAUAUCGAGCCAUUGGACAGUGGAAAGGAGGGUUAUAAGAUAUUUACCAAGUCCCAUAGCGGGGAGGAAGAUUCAGUCACAACAGAGGUGCUGGUCAACUGUGCUGGUCUCUACGCGUGCGAUAUAAGCAAUAUGGUACUGCCCAAAACCCGGCAUAGGGUGCCCUAUUUUACGAAGGGGUCAUAUUUCUCCUAUUCGGCAUCACAGCCGAGACCAAAUAUAUUAUUAUACCCCGCUCCAAAGCCAGGACUCGGUGGACUCGGGACGCAUUUAACACUUGACAUGACCGGGCGUGUACGAUUUGGUCCUGAUGUGGAAUGGAUAGAUAACCCGAAUGAUUUCAAACCAAAUCCGGCGAGGCUGCAAGAGGCGAUACCGGAAAUUCAAGCCUUCCUACCUGGAGUAGAUGUCAAUGCGAUAGGAACAGACUACUGUGGGAUUCGGCCUAAACUGUCCAACAUGGCGUCGGUAGUCAAGGCGAAAGGGUUCCAAGACUUUGUGAUCCAAAGAGAGGAGGGGUUCCCUGGCUUUAUCAAUUUACUUGGUAUUGAAAGCCCAGGGCUAACAAGUAGCUUGGCUAUUGGAGAGAUGGUUGAAGGUUUGGUGUAUAGAUGA